AUGGCUGACUUCGAAGAUUCGGCUGCCCGAUACGAAGAUGAUCGUGGGUACGAACGCCGUGACAGAUCAGCAUCCCCCCGUGGAGAUCGUGAUGACCGCAACCGCAGCCGCUCGCCAAAUGGACGCGACAGACCACCUCCACCACCCUCUGAUACUCGUAUGAAAGAUGUUGACGAGGAAGGCGCAACCAACACUGGCACAAACCUCUUCGUCACUGGAAUCCAUCCUCGUCUCACUGAGGCUGACGUUUCUCGUCUGUUCGAGAAAUACGGCGAAGUCGAGAGCUGCUCUAUCAUGCUUGAUCCUCACACCAAGGAGUCUCGUGGAUUCGGCUUCGUCAAAAUGGUGACAACCGAACAAGCUGAAGCUGCUAGGGAAGGCUUGCAGGGUGAAGUCAUUGAAGGCCGCACUUUGAGCAUCGAGAAAGCUCGCCGUGCCCGUCCUCGCACCCCGACCCCAGGAAAAUAUUUUGGUCCUCCCAAGCGUGGCGAUUUCCGCGGUCCACCACGAGGUGGGUACCGUGAUCGUUACGACGACCGUCGCGGCGGAUACCCACCACGUCGUGACGACUACCGUGGCGGCUCCCGCGGUGAUGACUAUGAGCGAGGCGGUUCUCGCGGCGGUGAUGACUACGGCGAUCGUCGCGGCUACGGUGGUGGCAGACGUGACAAAGACGACGGCGGAUACGGCGGCCGCGGUAUUGAUCGGUACGAGAGCAGACGUGACGAUAGCUAUGCCGGCCGUGGUGACCGACGUGGUGGUGGUGGCUAUUACGACCGCAGCGAUGACCGUGCCUAUGCUCCACCGGCACGUGAGGAAGCUCCUCGUGACUAUGCCGGUGGUCGAGACUACAGCAGUCGCGACGACCGCUAUGCGGGCAGGUAA